UAGUACUGAGCACAAUAAAAGAGCCUGAAUGAGUACUAUAGUUCAGCAAUUCAGCCACACUAGUUCUUCUAUAGAUUAUGUACAUGUAGGUGCCGCUAAUGUCGCUGCAGAAAACUACCCACACGAUGUGACGCAUGAAGAUAAACAUCAAAAGAAGUGAAUAAGCAUCCUCGUUGUUGGGAAUCGCGUAUUAAAUGGUUUUAUAACAAAGUAUUAUUGAUUCCUGGUUUUCCAUAUCAUCGGUCACUGUUAUAUGGAGAAAUUCUGAAGAAUUCAAAAUUAUUUUCUUCUGCUGAUUUUAAUGCCCAUCCCUACAUUCACACAAAACAAGAAAUGCAACCGAAGUCUGUGAAUGAAAACCACCAUUAUUUGCAACCACUUUCAGAAAAAUUGCUUCAUUUUAUUGAACAAAGAAGGUUGUGCCAGAAACCUUGUCAGAAUAUUAACCAAGAUUUAUUAGUUCACACAUCAAACAGACACAUUGGAGAGUUUGAUCAUAGGAGGAAAAAAGUUCAGCAAACUGUAGUUCACGUGUACAAUAUUCCUUGAAACUUUGAAUCUGCAUUAUCAACGCUAUCACUCAUAAAACUGGCAUUGUAAAAGAAAUUUUGUAAAGUGAAACAAGAAAUUUACAUUGUUUGGAGUAAAGGACACAGCUAUCAACAAAUAUUGCAUAUUCCUAAGAGCAAAUCUUUUUAUGUGAUACACUAAGUUCUGACUAUAAAAAUGAAAAACUCUGUAGAUGAACAAGAGCCUCCAUCACCAGAACAAUCUCAGAACAGAAAUAUUGAGGUUCGUGAACCUCAAGUUUAUGCUACCAUUAAUUUUACAACUUGCUCAUCUAAAAUAUUAAUGUGGUGCAAAUACAAGAUGAGAUUUCAGGCAAUGGAAAAUAUGUUAAACUUAACUGCUCAGGAUAUUAAACAUGAUCAACCCGAAACUUCCGCAAAUACGAAGCAACUGGAUGGCACACAACCUGGAGGGUCAAAACUUGAAAAAUGUUCCAAAAAUCAUACCCAAAGAUCAAUUAGCAUUUGUGAUACAAAUAAGGAUGUUGAAUAUUUUCCUCAUGCUUUAAUUGAAGCUGUUGUAAAAAAUACAGAACCUGAGAAAUCAGAAUCAGCAGGAACAUCAAAAGAGGGAACAGUGGAAGUGAGCCCCAAUCCAAGUAUUACCAGUGCUCAUUCACUAGAAAGCCACUUAACAGAGGAGAAGUACUCCAGUAUUUCUGAAAAUGAAGAUUCUAACACAACUUCAUUACGAGAAAUGUUUCCAGACUUACCAAUUCCAGAUGAAAAUUUAUCUUUAAAAAGAUUGCAACAAAUGUCUACUACAGAUAUAACAAAACAGAUAGUUUCUCUAAAUAAACCAGCUAUUCUAAAGCCUACAAAUAGACUGAUACCACAAAGCAAGAUUUGGCUCUCCCCUCUUCAAGAAGUUGAUAAACAACAAGAAGCAGAAGCAGAGAAAGAAAUAGUACCAUGGGAUAGCAAUCCAACUGACCAAGAAUCUGAUAGCGAGUCUAGCGAGGAAAUAGAACUGAAUAUUGAUUUAGAAGAUGAUGGGAAGGCCUAAGACUAACAAUAUGAAAAGAAACAUUUCCUUUUCAUAUAAUCUCUUUAAUUUUAAUGUACCUUUAAAUGAUGAUGAUAAUAAUAAUAAUAUUUUAUUCAAUGUUUGUAAUUAUUUGUUUUGGUUUGUGGUAAGUGGUGACCUUUAACUGUUUAUGCUGCGUAUGUAAAAUGAA